CAAUUAAUUAUCUUGAAGAACGAUUAUAAUCUGCUAGAAAUUUUCUUUUACUUAAUAUCGAUCUAGUAACUGUACACAAUUACAAUGGUGGAAUGGAUCAUAUUGUCGAAAUAAAGGCACACCAGCUUGGGGAGUAAAUGCAAGUGAUAUAUGCAAUGCAUCAUAUCAAUGUGCGGAUUACAAUUUAGUUUCUUGUCCACUCAGCAAAACAUGUGAAUGUGCAACAACUAAAUAUUGGGAUGGUACUACAUGUAUCGAUCGAGUAUUGUUUGGUAAUGCUUGUACGUCGUGGCUUAACUAUCCGGUAAACACGACAACAUGUUUAAGUGCUGCUGGUGUUGGAUUACUUUGUAAUAGUUUAAGUUGCAGUGGAGGAGUAUGUACGGGUGGCACUUGUUAUUGUCCUAGUGGUACAAGUUGGAAUGCAACAUUUAGUAUAUGCUACAGCCCAAGCACUGGAUAA